UAAAGCGACGUGUCCUUGUCCCCCGUGGGCACCCUCCUCGGCGCGUGCGGCCGCGGAUCCCCAGUUUUAAGGGCCUCCCCUCCCAGCCACCACCUCUUGAGACGACCGGUCUGCAGCCAUGAAGACCAAGAAUCGGCCACCCCGGCGCCGGACACCACUGCAGGACACGGAGGCCACGCCUGAGGAGCAGACAGCAGACAGGCCCCAGUCGGGCUCAGGGAUGGAGCUGACCAAGGGUCUGCGGAGCAGGACCCCCCGGGGAGCUGGGGCACGGGCAGAGGGUGGGCGCCGCCGGCAGGGUCCCAGCAGCCGCCGGGAGAGCAGUGUCCAGCGGCGGCUGGAGAGCAAUGAGCGGGAGCGGCAGCGCAUGCACAAGCUCAACAACGCCUUCCAGGCCCUGCGCGAGGUCAUCCCGCACGUGCGGGCCGACAAGAAGCUCUCCAAGAUCGAGACGCUCACCCUGGCCAAGAACUACAUCAAGUCGCUGACCACCACCAUCCUGACCAUGUCCAGCGGCCGCCUCCAGGGCCUGGAGGGGCAGGGCCCAGCACAGGGCCCCAAGCUCUACCAACAUUACCAGCAGCAACAGCAGCAAUCGGCCGGGGGCACGCUUGGAGCCACCGAGGCCCAGCCCCAGGGCCACCUGCAGCGGUACUCCACACAGAUCCACAGCUUCCGGGAGGGCACCUAACAGCCAGGUCCGGGGGUGGGCCGGCAGCGGUGGCCCAGCCAGCCCAUCCCAGCCCUGGUCCUCCGUGCUGCAAGCCCCAGACCAGUUGGUGACACUUCACGAGGUUGUGGCCCCAGCAGAUCCAUCUUCCCUGAAUGCUCAGCUCAGCCACCUGCCUGGAGCCGUUUCUUCCAGUUGUCCAGAGACAAGCAAGUGGUCUGGUCUGGGCCAUGACCCUGGGCAGCAUGAGCCCAAAGCACCUCUGCACAUCCCAGGUCCUCCAUUUUAUCUCUGAGCCAGGUGGACUAGGCAUGUGUGGAAAGGCCCUCAUCUUCCCAAAUGGACUCUCUCCACCAGUGGGCUGCUCCCUCCUGGGCACAGGGAGAUUCCAGAAAAAUGUUUACUUACAAGUUUCCCUGCUACUGGUGAAGCCAAGGCUGGAAAGGGAGCCUCCAAGCUCAACCGCAGGGCUACAGGGCCUGGGCUCAGCCUUCUCAUUUAGGGUAACCUGAGGCCCUGGGCCCAAGGCCUCCCAGGGAAUAUGGCAGAGCCAAGAUGGCGGCUCUUCAGCCUCUGGACCCCCUAAUCAGAUGAUCUCUGAUAAAGGGAGCUGGCGGGGAGGAGCUUCCUUCUUCUUCUGGGGUGGGGACUCCUGGGGAGGCAGUGGAACUGGGCUGGAGACAGAGUUGUGUUCCUGAGAGGAGCCCCCAAGCCCCUGCACAGGGGGAGUAUGUCCUGGGCCUCCUGCGGGUCCCCACCCCAGUUUGCUAUUCAUCUUUGUCACUGAUGUGGGGCCACCAUCUAAUUGGCACAGGACUUGAGGAUUUCUCGGGGCCUUUGGGGUUUUGUGUAAGGUGGAGCCUGGGAUGGCAGGAGUGUCCCUUCCCCCACAGCUUGCUCCCUGAUGGCAAGGACUGGGUGGCUUGGCAGCCCCGCUGCCUCUGGUCCUGCUUCCGUCUGUCGGGGCGUUCCUGCCCCACUGGCUCUGCCGGACUCAGCCACUUUGCUGUCAACCCCUGCUGGCAUCUCCCCUUCCUUGGCCCUCUGCCCGGAGCUGACCCAGAGUCCCCUGGGAGCCAGGUCCCUCCUGAGCUGCUGUGGGUGGGGACCACACUGGGCCAUGGACUCUUGCUAGUCUACUCCCAAGAGGCAGCCUUGCUCCUACCCAAGCUGGAGGGGCACAGCACCAGACGCUGAAGGCACCAGGGAAUUUGGGGUCAGCCCUAGCCAUGUGAAGGGCAGCAUGUGGCACCCCAAGGAAUAGACAUUAGCCACUCAAUCUUAACCCUCCUGGUCAGGCCCUCUGGACGGUGGCUCUGGGCUUGUUGGUAUUGUGUGUCCCUCCUGCCAGUCCCAGUAGGCCUGGUCUGGCCUUAAUACCCGAGCUGGCCCUCACCAUGGGCUAGGUGGACACUCCAGGUCUUCCUGUCUGCCCCUCACUGUGGAAGGUCAGUGGUCAGGGCAUCAACCCAUGUGAGCUGAGGUUGGGACAGAGCCCAGUCCUUCCCUGCUGUGGGGGACCUGCCCAACAGCUCACAAGACGGUAGAGGCCUCCUCUAGCUGAGGGGACUCGGGGCUGCAGACCAGCGGCUCGGUUCCAGCAGAGCCCAGGUCAGGGCAGGUGCCGUCCAUCCAGUGCCAGAUGCACUAACUAUGGAAGCAUGAAAGCAGGGGGAGGGACGGUGCCAGCAGAGCUCUGUCCAGGAGCCCCCGCCUGAGACUGGAUCUGGGUCACCGCCUUACAGGACAACAGCCUCCUAGCGCUUUCUGCCCUCAGAUGGCACCUCUGCUUCCCAGAGACUGACUUGGGCCAGCUGGCCAGGCCUUCUUCACCCGUGGCAGGGGAUCUGUACGCCCCUGGACCACACCAAGGAUCUUCAGAGGCCCAAGUCCCACUUCAGGAUGCCAGAUGUUGGGGAGAGGUCAGGGAACAGGUUGGCAGCCAGCGGGCCAGCUGCUGGGUCCCCCUCCACCCAGGCCCUGGGCCCUAAUCCCAGGCCGGACUCUUCCAUCCUGCAGGGCUGUUUUCUCAAGCCCUUGGACAAGUGGGUUGGAGCCACCCACCUGAUCGGAGCCCAGGUCCCCUGGGCCACCAGCUCCCCACCCUCCCCCAACUCCUCCCAGGCAGAUCCUGUCACCUCCCACCAGGGCAGUGCAGACGCCAGAACUGCGAGCGGUUUCCAUCCGAGGAAACUCAACUGGAACGAACGGCCUGCGCCCC